UCAGCCAUGUGAGAAGCAGCCCCGUCUGCUUGGCUACAUGGACACCAACCUCAACAAUGGAGCCCCUCCUUCCCACCCUAGUGCUCUGGCCUCGUCCUGCUCUCUCUUCCAGUGCUACGUUUCCACUGAAGCUCAGGUGAGCUCCAGAGCCCUUUGGACCACAGCCGGUGGUGUGGAUGUAGGAGAAUCAGGAGGCUGCCAAAGGAGGCCCAGCAGCAGUCUAGAAAUAGGGGACGGGACACUCCUGCAGGAGCUAGCAGUGACAGGUAAUAGGACGGAGAAAGAAUACAUCCUGCCGGCCCACUUCAGCAUUCCUAACUGUGUGAACUCUGAGCAGAGCUCAACUGCAGGGGAGGACGACCUACUGCUGGGAGAGCCACUGCUGCCAAUCAUUCUGGAGGGGCGGGAUCAGAGCAGUAGGAACCAUAAUGACCACAUGAAUUUCACAUAAGCCUGGAGAGUUGAGAGCAGCUACUCAUCAAACGUCAAUGUCUUUAAUGCUGUGUUUAGUUGGUCUGAAAAGCUGCAGACCUUACAUAAUGAACCGUUAUGUUUUCAUUACCUUCUGCAUACACCGCGGGCCCUCGGCAUGUUGCGCCGCCAUGUUUCCACAGUAGCCCAAAUGGAGAAACAGUUCUACAGAGCGCAUUUCGUCACUAUGAUGAAUUCAUACCAAAAAGAAGAAGUAGCGUUAGUAUUAGCAGUCGACUGGUUUAUUAGAAGUAAGAAAAGAAGAGAAA